GAGCAGGCGGCAGGGAUGUGAUGGACCAAAGCUUCAGUAUUUUGGCAGCGAGCAGGGGUCGAAGUGACUGUGAUUGGAGGUUGUGACAAAGAUACUCCCCUCCAGUGAGCCUUAAGUGUGAGUGGCCAGAGUGUGCCUGCCAGCCAGCAGCAGCUUGAGCUCAGUAGCUCUCAGUGAGUCUCUAUGGGUGAAGUGGUUUCUUUAAGGUCGUGAUUAGCCCCAGAGGCUGUGCUUCCAACAGCCUCCACCUCGACCCCUCCCCACAUCCAGCGUCAUCAUGGGGGAGGUAGUCCAAAUGCACUUCACCACAGUGGACUACGUCAUUUUUGCUUUGCUGUUGGUGGCCUCAGCUGGCAUCGGCCUCUUUUAUGCCUUCUCCGGCGGGCGCCAGCGCACAACGCAGGAGUUCCUUAUGGCUGACCGCUCCAUGAGCUGCCUGCCUGUGUCUCUGUCACUGCUGGCCACUUUCCAGUCAGCUGUGGCCAUCCUGGGAGCUCCAUCAGAGGUGUACACCUUUGGGACUCAGUACUGGUUCUUGGGAUGCUCCUACUUCCUGGGCCUGCUCAUCCCAGCUCAUGUGUUCAUACCAGUCUUCUACAGACUGCGGCUGUCCAGCGCCUAUGAGUAUCUGGAGCUGCGCUUUAACAAGACGGUUCGCAUAUGUGGGACUGUGACCUUCAUCUUUCAGAUGAUAAUUUAUAUGGGGGUGGUCCUGUAUGCUCCAGCCUUGGCACUCAAUGCAGUGACAGGAUUUGACCUUUGGGGGGCAGUGCUGGCCAUGGGAUUAGUGUGUACUGGAUAUACUGCUCUGGGGGGUCUGAAGGCGGUGAUCUGGACCGAUGUGUUCCAGACAGUGGUGAUGUUUGCGGGCCAGCUGGCGGUCAUCGUGGUGGGGGCCGGUCAGGCGGGUGGCAUUGCAGAGGUGUGGAGGACAGCAAUCAAUGGUAGCCGCAUUGCCGGGCUAGACCUGAACCCCGACCCUCUGGAGCGCCACACCUUCUGGACUCUGGGUGUGGGGGGAGUCUUCCUGAUGUUGGCACUGUACGGGGUCAACCAGGCCCAGGUCCAGAGAUACCUCAGUUCACGCACUGAGAAAGAGGCCAUCAUGUCCUGCUAUGUAGUUUUCCCAUGCCAGCAGAUUGUCCUGUGUUUGGGUUGUCUGAUGGGUUUGGUCAUGUUUGCUCGCUACGGAGAGGAAAGCCCUCUGGACAAGGGCUACGUCAAAACUAAUGACCAGAUGGUGUUGUACUUUGUGAUGGAUGUGUUCAAGGAUCUGCCAGGCCUCGCAGGUCUGUUUGUGGCCUGUCUCUUUAGUGGAGCUCUCAGCACCAUCUCAUCAGCCUUUAACUCCCUGGCAACAGUAACCAUGGAGGACCUGAUCAAACCUCAUUUUCCAAACAUGACUGAGGCUAAAGCCACGCUGCUGUCCAAGGGACUCGCUCUGGCCUAUGGCCUGGUGUGUCUGGCUAUGGCCUACCUCGCCUCUCUAAUGGGAUCUGUGCUGCAGGCAGCCUUCAGCAUCUUUGGGAUGGUGGGUGGUCCUCUGCUGGGCCUCUUCUGUCUGGGAAUGUUCUUUCCUUGGGCAAAUUCAAUAGGUGCAGUGGUUGGGUUAGUAGCAGGCCUCGCCAUGGCCUUCUGGGUUGGCAUUGGCAGCUUUGUGAUGCGUAUGUCUGGUCCCACCCCAAUGCCGCCACUCAACAGCACUGCUCUGCCCCUGUUUGACAACAUGACCACCUCUGCCAUGACUACACUGGUCACCGCCGCCACAGCCAAGCCGAGGCCAACUGGAGUGGAGGCGCUCUACUCAUUGUCCUACAUGUGGUACAGUGCUCACAACUCAACCACUGUGGUGGUGGUUGGACUGAUCGUCAGUCUGCUAACAGGACCUAUGAAGGAGAAGGAUCUGACCCCCGGCACAGUGUUUCCUGUCCUGGGCACCCUGCUCUUCUUUCUGCCUGAGCGCUACAGAGAGAAGCUCUGCUGCAUCACUCCUCUGGCUAAGAAGCCCAAACUAACCAACACGCAGCCUUAUCAGAAGGCCCAGAAAGACCGCAACGGAGCAGCGUACUGCAAAGAGGACACAGCCACAGAGGACAAAGAGACAGAGAGUGAGAGAGCACAAACAGAGGAGGAAGACCUGGAAACAAGGAUCGUUCUGCCCUCGUGCCAGCUGUCAGACCACGCUGUUCAGGAGACAGCCUUGUGAUCACCUUUUCCCUCCUACUCCUAACACGCACAAGACACACACAUAGACACUUUGACCCCCAGCUACUGUACUGUCUGGUUCCUCGUGGGGAAGUGCAGCGAGAGACAGAUCAUGCAUGUGACGUCCAUCAGUGAGUACGAUGCUCUGAAGCUGUGCAGCACCAGGUUUAGGUGUUGGUGUUUUACAAUGGUAAAAUCAGUUGAAUCUGAUUUCAGAAAAGGUUAUGGACUUUGGUGUCUGUGUGGGGAAGGGGUGUUUUAUCGGUACCUGCUCGCACCUUUUCUCUCAAAGAAACAAAAACUACUGGAAAUCAACUUCUGCCAGGCUGGAACUGUGCACUGAGAGCCCGAAUGGCAGCAAUCAAAGAAAAAAAUGAAUCCGUUGAUCUCCAUUAGCAACAGUAAUGACACCUGGGUGCACACACGGGCGCCGGGUUUGUCGUGUAGUUCGAUGUUAAUAGAGUGAGUAGCUCUCAUGCACAAUUAACUUAAACCACUGUGACUGGAUCCAGUCAUGCUGUUCGACAAGAGUCAGGUAGUUAAUACAUACAAGAUGCAAAAUGUGUUAUUUUUGUAGAGGAACAUUGAACCACAAAAUCCCAGAGUAUGUCUAAGAGAAUAUAACUUAAAAGAAAAACACUGAAGUUCAAUGGAAGGCAUGACAGGCCUGUGCUACUGUGUUAGUGUAGUGUCUUUACACGGCCUUGGUUUAAUACUAAUAGUCACCUUCUAGCUGCUACUACAGAUGUAGAAGUACAGAGUUCCCAAAGGUAAAACGGUGUGUUGAGACGAGAACAGAGGCAGCGUCUCGUGGUGGCAGUUAAAUGAGAUGGAGCACAGUAAAUCCUUCACUGCCAUCAUGUUCCUACCAACAGCUCAUGAGGAGAAAGCAGUCCAGUCAGUGUGCACAGCUGCCCUCUCCUCAUGCAAGGUCCGUUUUUUUCCAAAAAGGUGGUCAACAUCCUCCACUGCUUCUUGUCAUUCACUCAUUCACUGCUCCCUAUAGGGUACACACUCAUUAAUUUACUUUGAAGUGAGCAGUAAAUCACACUGUGGCCACUUGGGAGGCAUCAUUUUGUGUCCACACUGACAGGUGUGUCACACAGCUGCUCAUUUUAGCAUCUACAAGAUCCCUGGUAUCACCUCUUAGCAUAAAGUAAUCUUUUUGUUCCAUUGUUGGAAUUUUGGAGGUACUAUAUAGUGAAUCAUUUUAGAAUUUGAACACAUACAAUGGCAGACAGUAAAUCUGGUGCACUGUAUAGUAAAGUAGUAUUUCAAAAGACAUGAUGGAAGCAGAAGAAUGAAUCUGCGUCAGCGGAGUUUGUGUUUAGGCAUUUAGCAUAACUAGCAGUGAAUUAUGAAGACCAAUCUGCUGUCCGUUAAAUGAAUCAGGAAACUAUCGAUGGUAAUUUACUUUUUACAUAAAACCUUUAUUCAUCCAAACUCACAUGUUUGUGUUUUUCAAGUACACAGUUUGUGUAGCUUUGCAUCGUGGAAAUGUUGGUCACGUAAAAGCCCAUGAAGUCGUGAAGUGCCUCACUGGCCGACGCUCCUCUGAUGAGCUGUUCCUAUGUGUGAUGUGGUGCCUGGUUUUCAUGAGCUUUAUGUUUUACAGUACAAACAUCUCAGUCUCUGUUGCGUCUACAUAGAACCCACACUGGUUCAUGGGUUUAUAUCAGCUCCCGCCUCAUAUGACUGCCCUGAAUGAAGCCUUUGAGAUGGACCCACCUAUGUUCCAUUACGCAGUAACUUGAUAUAUUUAAAAGGUAAAGAUGAUUCUGUCAUCGCUGGUAUUUUUGUAAGUGCCCGUCUUUUUUUUUUUUUUUUUCUAAUUCAGGUUGUUGUCAGUGCCAGUAUGUGAUUGAUUUGAGUAACAGUGUGAAUAUUCUCAUCAUUGUCGUGAUUUUUGGAAUCACAGAAUUCUUGACCACCAUCAUUUUAGCAUGUUGAGUCCUCCAUUGUCACUGUGCAAGAGGAGAGCUGUUGUGUGUUCAGUGUUCUGAGUCGGUCGGUCUAUCCUCAUGAUAAUGGACUCCGUGGCCAUGUUUUGUCAUGUGACAUUGUUAUACUUGUAACGGCCAAACCAGUCUGACAUGUUUCCAAAGAGUUUUCAACAGUUUCUGGAGAGUCCACAUGAAGUGCAGUUAAAACACGUUACCUGCAUCUCAUUUAAACAGUCAGUAACUUGUGUUGUCACAUGCUGAAAACUGAGACAUGCGCGUCUCUGUUGCCUUACGUUGUCCUGUUUAGAUUAGAUUGCAGUUGUAUUUGAAGUACAUGCCAGACAAUCAAGGUGAGCCAGUUUAGCAGCAGAAAACAAGCAGCUUAGCACGUCUCCUUGAUUUGUAAAGGAUUAUGGACUCUCCAGACUAGUAGAUCCCCUGUUUAAUGGAAUGUUGAGCCCUUUUAGACCCAUGUAAGCACCGGUCCAUUACAGAUCCAACAUGUCUUUACCAUCAUCCCGAUACUCAGAAAUACCUCGAUUUAUUCAAAGCAUAUAGAAUAUGAAUUUAGUUUUGUUUGUUUUUUUACCAACAGAAGAUAUGUUUCAGAUCAUAUUUGUAUAUUUUUGUAAUUUCACAUGAAGCCUGAGCACAUUUCAGGAGCUGAAAUGUGGAAUUCUAUAUGCAAGAACCAUUAAAAGUUUUGGGGGGUAGUUUUUUUAAAUUGUGAAUGUGCACAAGCCUCCACAGUCACAAUUUUACAAAACAUUUUAAUGGUUCCUAGAGUUUUUGAAGGUCUUUUAAAUCACAUUUGACAAUGUGUACUUUAUUUUAUGAUUGCAUAGUAAUGAAUCCUUCUCCUUCAUACCUGAAAUUACUUGAAGUGUGUGCCUGUCGUGUUCCCUUAAUGAUAUAAAGAUAAACCCCCUUUUUAAUGUGAGGGUACAUGUAAUUCAAGUGCUGGCUUAUUAUUGAUAUUAUUGCUGUCAAAGAUGUCCUUUAUAAACCCAGACUGGGUGGAGCACUGUGACGCUAAUGAACACUAACACACCGAAUAAAGCACAAUGAUGUCAGUGCACAGUAGUCCAGCUACUGAAACAAUCUGACUGUAGCCAUCAGCUGGUGUAAUCAGCUUAGAUACAGUGUUCAUGAAUCAAGUGUGUGUCUACAAGUCCACGCUUAUUCUGCUGAUUAGUGGCCUUUAACAGUGAAUCAGCUUGGGCCGCACAAUAAUACAGUUGAGAAGAGAGUUUGUGUGAGAGGAGCACUGCGCUUAGUAAUUUCCAGCAACAAUAAAUAUUGUUUGAAACAAUAUUUAUUGCAUUUGUUCUCCCAUCCACAAGAAUUCUUCCUAUUAUGCAUUCCAAAACAAAAACAACCCCAUAAGCACUGAAGUCGAAACGACUCCUCUGCUUUGGCUGUGCCUUCAUUUUGUGAUUUAUUUAUUUCCAAACUGUAUCCUGAUGUAGUUUUCAUAUUAUGGUCCAGGUCCAGGAUAUUGACAUGAAUAUGAGCUCAGUCCCAAACAUCUGUCCAGGAGAGCCCAAGCCGAGACUUAUGGAUGAAUAAAUGAAUCCUGUGUGUCAUGAUGUAAUGAUGUAAUGGGGUGAAGUGUCCUGUUGAUGGAGGUAGCAUGAGACAGGUAACUGCUUCAUGCACCUUUUAAUUGAGUGAAAAGCUAAAGUGUAUGCAUUUGAAUCUGUUGACAUGUCUCACUGUUGUUGGAUGUAUGACUAUUAGAUUUCUA